ACAUGGUAAUCAAAGAGAGAUUUCUUUCAUUCUUUUGUAUCCAGAAAUGAGGAAUGGAAAGCUUGCUGGGAGGCUUAUGCAAAACACAAGGAGCUUCCAAAGCAUUACAUCAAAAGAAACACUUGUAGAAGUAAAACCAGCAUCUACACAAGACAUCACAAGCUGUAAUCGUAUAGCAUCCAUGAAAAGGAGGCUACAACCAGAGGCGCCUGAUGAGAACAACAUGGUGUCCAUCUACAGGGUUCCAGCUAACAUGCGCCAGGUGAACACCAAAGCCUAUGAUCCCAACAUCGUGUCUAUUGGCCCUUUCAACCGCGGCCUAGAUCGCUUGCGGGGAAUGGAAGAGGUCAAAUGGAAAUUCCUCCGUCGUCUCUUGGAUCCGAACCUGGGACACCAAGUGACAUUAGAGUCCCUUUUCGACGACAUGAAGAGCUUAGAGGAUAGGGCAAGGAAGUGCUACUCAGAGACAAUCAAGCUUGGCAGUGAUGAAUUCAUCGAGACCAUGAUCCUCGAUGGUUGCUUCAUAAUUGAGCUCUUCCGCGAAUCAAUCAAGCCAAAAAACAUGAAUGAACCUUUCUUCACGAUACAACGGAUGGUGCAUCUUCUCCGGCGUGAUUUCAUCAUGCUUGAAAACCAACUCCCACUAUUUGUUCUACGGAAAUUGUUUGAUCUAACGGCUGUCCCAACAACCUCAAGCACAAUGAUGUCCCUCCAAGAACUAGCCCUCAAUUUCUUUGGUCCCUUAAUGAGUAGAGUCCGAAAUCCUCCCAACCAGAUCAAGGUAAAGGCAGGCCAUUGUGGGAACCAUUUGCUUGACCUCUUCCAUGCAAGUAUCCUUCCAUCACAUCCCAUUCAUUGUGGACAUCAGGGCCACGUAUUCCGGUCAGCCACCGAGCUCGAAGAAUCUGGAGUGAAGAUUGAGGAAGGAAAGCAUCAUGGGCCAUUGGAUGUGAGCUUGAAGAUCAAAGGAAAAGGUUGGGGCCCAUUGGAUGGGCUCUUCAGGACUGGGGUCUUGAAGAUCCCUCCGCUGAGCAUCGAAGAUUAUACAGGAACCUUGUUCUGUAACCUUGUCGCCUUUGAACAAUGCCACCCCCAAUGCAGUCCUGAUUUUACGACGUACUUGUUCUUCCUUGAUGGCCUUAUAAAUUCAGCGAACGACGUCGAGCUUCUACAUUACUCAGGGGUUAUCCAACAUUCCUUAGGCAGUGAUGAUGAGGUAGCGCGCCUUGUUAACAGCCUCUGCAAAGAGAUUGCCCUCGACAUGGAUAAUUCAUAUCUAUGCAUGCAAUCUAAGGAUCUCUAUAAUUACUGCAAUGAUGAUUGGGUGCGUUUGCGAGCAACAGUUGUGCAUAAGUAUUUCAGCAACCCAUGGGCAAAAUUUACAACUAUAGCUACAAUUUUGAUAUUCCUAGUCGCCAACAUUAAAAAAUUAGGCAACUUUGUUUCUUACAUGAGUAGCUUGUCCAAGAACAAGAACAUGUAAUGGCUACUUCUUUCUUGUGUUUGCCUCUGAUAUGGUGGCAUUUGAAAUUAAUUGAAGAACAUAUAGUAAAAAUGAAGAUUUCUA